AUGUUGAUCGAAGGUGUUGCAUGGGGCAUAUCCGUCAUAGGAUGGAUCUUGUCGCCUCUCAUCUCCAAGCUUGUGGAUAAAGUAUUAUCCCACGUCAGCUACGACAAAUCAAAUGAGCUUGACCGCCUGCUGACGGAUGUACUCCCUCGUCUCACGCUCACUCUACAAGGAGCAUGCAAAGUACAGAAUAAGAAACAUUUCGAGGGUAUUGUCAACAAACUGAAAUCUGCUUUCUAUAAAACGGAAGACAUCCUUGAUGAAUUUGAGUACAUUCGCCACCAAAAGGAGUUGAAUGCGAAGAAAAGUCUUCUUGAGGAAAGGGAGAAGGAAAAUCCCAAUAUUACUCCUGGUGUUGAAGUUGGCCCCUCGGACUCGAAGAUGAAGGGCAAAAGGAAGGUGAAUUUGUUCGCAGGAUAUUCCAAAAAAUCUCGUGCAGCCAACGAAGCUGAAGUGUGUCCUAAUAGUAGUACAACUAUGUUGCCAGGGUCUCAAUCUGCCAAUCCCACCCCAACUCCCACAGCCGAGAAUAUUUGGGCUGAACCGAGUCUCACUGUCCCUGGACCUUUAAGGAAACGUUUGACGGACAAUAUAUUGGAGAUAGAAGAACUCAUCAGAAAAGCACAGGGUAUGCUUGAACUAGCUGAGCCAUCCAGCAAAGAUGAAACUAUUACAACCAGAAAUAUUCGCACACCAACUACUUCAACUUCAACAGUAAAGGUGACUGGCCGAGAUGAGGAUCUUAAAAGGAUAACAGCUAGUCUUCGUGUCACAAAUGUUCAUGAUAAUCACUGUUUCUCUGUGAUUGGGCUUCAUGGAAUUUCAGGAUCUGGGAAGACAAUCCUGGCACAACAUGUUUGCAAGUAUGAGAAAGGCAUUGAACAUUUUGAACUUGUUAUGUGGAUUCAUGUUACUCGCAACUAUAGUGUGAGAGACAUUUUCAUGCAGAUGUUUGAGUUAGCUUCAGGGGGCACAUGCACCGAAUACAAAAACUUAGAGAUACUAGAAAAAGAGUUGGCGGAUAAAAUAAAAGACAAGCGAUUCCUCUUGGUACUAGAUGACAUCUGGUGCAAUAAGGAUGCCGACACGAAGCAGCUACCGAGGCUACUUUCUCCAUUUGAGGGUGGAAAGAGGGGGAGCAAGAUCCUAGCGACAAGUCAAAAUGUCAAUGCAUUUUCAGAUCUAGGCCCUGAUGUGACUUAUACUGCUUCUGCCAUAAGUACCCUGGAUGACGAAGUCUUGUUGGAUAUACUCAUGCAUUAUGCACUUGGACCUGCAGAAGCAAAGAAUGCAGAUGAAGACCAACUCAGAUCCAUUGGAGCUGAUAUUGUGAAGAAGCUGAACGGAUCACCUCUAGCAGCGAGUACAGUGGGGGGAACACUAAGGAAGAGAAAAGAAAUUGAGUUUUGGCGAGAUCUUGAAAAAAUGGAUCUUCUCAAGGAGACGAGGGGGCCCCUAUGGUUGAGUUAUCAACAUCUUGAUGAGAAGGUCAGGCGGUGCUUUGCUUACUGCAGUAUCUUUCCCAGAAGACAUCCUCUGCGCCGUGAUGAUCUCGUUAAACUGUGGGUGGCUGAGGGGUUCAUACAGACUGAUGCAGACGAGGACAUGGAUGUUGUUGGUCGGGAUUACUUUCAUGAGUUAGUGGCAGCCUCAUUUCUGCAACCAGGAGUGGGUGAUUGGUAUGUUGUCCAUGAUCUUAUGCAUGGAAUAGCCGUAGAUGUGGCGGGGCGCGACUGCUUCAGAAAGGAGAAUCCCUCACAUAAAGUUCACCGUGAUGUUCGCCACCUUUAUGUCUCCGGUACAGCAAUGGUUACCCAGGAGAUUUAUGAACUGGAAAACCUACGCACUCUUAUUAUUGAUGAUGGAGAGAGGAGUGCAGAAGUUGAAACAGACUUCUUCAAGAUAUUGUUUGAGAACAUAUUCAAGAAGCUGCAGAAAUUGCGGGUAUUGUUGGUUCGAAGCCAGGAUCCUGAACUUGUGUUGGACAUCCCAGAAACUGUUGGUCAAUUAAAGUAUCUACGCUAUCUUGGUCUGGGGAUCUUUGAAGCAAAGCUCACUGUACCCGAAACAGUACAGCAACUUUACCAUCUGCAGGUGCUUGAGUUUGGUGAAGUGUGUGUCGUAAAAGUUUCACCUGGCAUGAUUAUUAGCAACCUCACCAAUUUGCGGCAUAUCCUCGGCCAUCUGCUGGCAGUAAUGUUUCGGAACAUAGGCAGGUUAACAUCACUGCAGACAUUACAAGAAUUCCAUGUAGGCAAGGGGCAGGGGUAUGGGUUAGACCAGCUGAAAGACCUGAACAAGCUGAGAGGCAGUCUAGCCAUCGAAAAUCUUGAAAAUGUUGAAGGCAAGGUGAGAGCCGAGGAAGGAAAGCUAGCUGAUAAGAUACAUCUGACUGGACUGAAACUGCGCUGGAAGGAUUCUAGAAUACAGUAUAGGCGUAGUGAUAAACCUGUCGACCCAAAUGUUCAAGAAGAGGUACUUGAGGCUCUUUGCCCACCCAAGGAUCUUAAAAGUCUGGAGAUUUCGUGCUACAGAAGUCAGAGGUACCCAAGUUGGAUGGUGGAUAAACAGAAAGACGGUCCAAUGUUUCUACAAAAGCUUGAGCUCAGCUUCUGCCCUAUGUGCAAACCUGCUCCCGAAAUUUUUCAGGUUUUCACUAAGCUUCGUAAGUUCACUAUUUCGAACUGCAUGGGCUGGGACCGCUUGCCAGCCAAUUUGAAGGACCUCAAGCUUCUCGAGAGCCUGAAGAUUCAAAAUUGCAAAGGUAUCACAUCGCUCCCAGAUCUUCCGGCUUCUCUUAAGAAGUUUGAACUGCUGGCACUCGAUCAACAGUUCAUGGAGUCGUGCGAGCGGAAAGAUAGUUCUGACUGGAAAAAGCUUGAGCAUGUUAAGGAAAAGAUCAUUGAACCAAGCCCAUUGUUAGGAUCCACAUUAGCCAAAUGGCAGGAGCUGGACUAG